AUGGCGACGCCCCCAGCUCCCGCAAAAUCACCACUCAAGACCUCGUUGCCAUCUGCGUUUGCUGCCGUGAGCGCCGAGCAACCACCCGCGCCACAGCCGUUUCCUUCACAAGAUGACCAAGAGAAAUACCUCCAAAACCGCCCUGGCGCAAACGCGCAUCAUCUCAGCAUCGCAAUGCAGCACGCGCACCAAAUCCAAGCCCAAAAGGAAUCUGAGAAUAUGAUCCUGGAUCGUACGAUCGAACUCCUUGAGCUCCCCACCUCUUCCGCUGCCGACCCCGCCAACCCCGUUGCGCCAGAUGUGCUCGCCUUCAAAACGGCGCUGUCUGUCUUCCGACCUAGCGACUACGACAACUUGAUCUUGGAACGAAAUUACGAAGAUCUAUGUGGCUACGGGCUCUGUCCGCGCAAGAAUCGCAAGCAAGGGAACUUGAAAGGCAAUACGUUUCAUUUCAAAUGGGGUGCUAAAGGCAGUGGACCAGGCGGUCGAGGACGCAGCAUGGAUAUUGUCCCCCGAGAGGACUUGGAGAAGUGGUGCUCUGAUGAGUGUGGAGAGCGCGCUCUCUUUAUAAGAGUGCAGCUCGCCGAAGAGCCAGUAUGGGCGAGACGAGCGACAGACGCGCGGGGCUCCAACAUCACUCUUCUGGAAGAAGAGCGUGCGAAACUGAAGUCGAAGCGCAAGGCCAAAGGCAAAGGAAAAGCGCCCGAUGCGGCAGAUGUUGUCGCUGGCUUGGAGGACUUGAAAAUCCAGGAACCCAGCCACUCACAUCCAGAUGUUGUCGCCGGCUUGGAGAACCUAAAUAUUCAAGACCCCGACCGCUCACGCAAACUUGCUGUCGAGCGUGGCGACUCCGCCAUCGCAUUCCGCGAUGGACGAGUGGACAUUCACAUCCAAGAAAACGAGAAUGCAUCGCGAGCAUCCGCAAGUGCGCCCCAGCUGCGUCCCGAGGAUGCACUUGGAGGCUCCAUUGAAGGACGAGAAAAAGACUCGGCGACGUUGGAUGGGCCAGAUUUGUUUGACCAAAUCUGA